AUGAGUCCAUAUGUAGCAAUUGAAUACGAUAAGAAUCACUAUGAAACAAGGGCUUAUCACAUGGGAGGAAAGUGCCCAAUCUGGGAUCAGUCUUUUGAAAUACCCGCAGCCAAUCUAAACAACCCUAUUAUUAUCAUUAUGAAAGAUAAGUAAUUGCAUGAAAGUGAUAUGAUAGGAAUGAUUCAAAUCGACCCAAAGUCUCUGAGAAGUGAAAGUGAGGCUAAGUGGUACAAGCUUUAAAUGAAUAAUGGAAAGCAAACAGCCUUAUUGUUUAUGGAUAUUUCUUACAUACCACCUGUUCACAAUCAAUUAAACCAAUCCCUUAAUUAAAAUGGGUAAUAAAGCUUUGAAGAUAUUGAUAAUGCCUAGGAUAAACUAACAAACAAGAUAAAUAACAGCAUAUUAAAGAACAAUACUAUUGUGAAUAGCAAAGAUAAGAAAUUGGCCUAGAAUACUAUUCCAAAAGUAUCACCCAAGGAAAAGUAAUAGAUCGCAAAGAGAAUAAAAUUCUAAUAAGAUAUAAAAAUCUAGAAUGAGGAAAAAAGCUUUUCUAAUCUGCCAAUUAAAGCCACUGAAAAUUCUUUAUUGCCAAAAUUGUCUCCAGUUUCUAACUAAAAGUAGCCCUAAUUGAUGUCAACAAAAAUUGCAACUUUAUCGAAAGUGAGCCCUAAAUAAUUGAAAAUGACAAAGUCUAAUUUGAACAUGAUUGUUGAGCUUGAUUUAAAAUAAGAAAAUAGCAUAGUUACAGUUCAUAAUAAUAAGAGCUCGGAAGAUAAUAGUAGCAUUAGAGUCAAGAGUACAAAUGAAAGCUCUUAAAUAACUAUACCUGAGAAAUCCAAGCACAAAAGAUAUAAGAGCAAUCCUCAUUAAAGGCCUGAGGUCUAGCAUCCUAUUAAACCUUCAAAACUUGACUUGAUUCAGAAAAAAAUAGAUGAAACUAACAUCAAAACAAAGAAAAAAAUGGCUAAUGCUGAUGAUAUGCCAUCAAAAGAUAUUUAACAUGUUUUAAACAAGAAAGACGAAGAAAUCAAGAAUUAAGAUAAGAUGAUGAAGAAUUUUUUCAGUGAAUAUGAGAGACUUCAGCGUUAAUACCAAAGAUAUAGUGAUCCUAAUUAUAUUGCUAGAUUAAAAUAGCAAAAUGUUGAUAUUGACUACUCAAUAAAAAAUCUAGAAAAGGAGAAAAGGACAUUAGACACAGAAACAUUUAAAAGAGAGAAAAAAUUUGAUAAGAUACUAGCAUAGGCAGAAGAAGCUGGUGGUGAAACUAAAAAUAUCGUUGCUACAGAAGUUGAUAAGAUUAGCCUUUAACUUCAAAGAUCAUAAUAGAAAUUACAAGAAUUAUAGGAUUAAUACUAAAAAGCUCUCGAAAAAAGAGAAUAUUAAAAGUCAAAGAAAGAAGAAUUACUCUAAAAAGUAAAUGAAAUGGAAUAAAUUGCUCAUGAAAAAGGUAUCUCAUUUAGUAAUAAUGAAGAUCAAUCAACAGCUUUAGAAGAUGAGGUUAAUGAGAGCAAUAUGUAACAGCAAAAGAGGUUUUAAAGCAAGAAGUAGAUGAUAAAGUUCAAGAAAUUACUUUAGAAAGCUUAUGAAAGAUAAACAGUGAGAUAAGAAUUAAUCGAGAUGAGAUUAAAGGAAAUUGCAUAUUUAGAAAAUGUCUCCAAUGGAUAUAAAGAAUAAACGCCUAUUAUCGAUUAAUCUUAGGAUAGAAAUGGCAGUAAGAGAUUGAAAGCUUCAGAUCUACUAGGAAGAUCAAGUUCAAGGAAAAAAACAGGACAUUCAAAUCCACCCAAUUCAGAUGUAUACACUUCUCUUCCUGCUUUGAACGAUUCAAUCGACAAUAUAGACCAUCAAUCAAUCCUAUCAUUACCAGCUAUUGCUAAUUAAAAAGGUAAAUCCCCAAGUGUAUUGAGCAAGUUUGAGAUGCUAAGUGGAAGAAAUUAAAUCUAAAAUUAGACUUAAUUAGAUCAUAAUAGUUUAAAUGGCAAGAAGACAUCUUAUUCAGUUAUUUCUAGAACUGGGAUGCAUUCUCCAAGUAACCCUAAUAUUAGAUUGCAGGAUAUUUCUGAGAAUUAAUUUGAAGAUCUUAAUUAGACGUAGAGAGCAAAAGAAUUAUAAAAAUUUAACCAACUAGCUUUAAAAAUAGGAAAACUAAAUGAGAAAAAUUAUUCUAAAUCAUUGGUUAAUUCGCCAAAGUAUUCAACUAAUAGUUCCUAACUAAGAAACAAGCAAUCAUAAUAAAAAACUGCAUAACAAAAAAUAUUAUGA